AUGUGGGCUGCUCAGAGAUGUCACCACUAUAUUGUCCAACUCUUACUCCAAUACGGAGCAGAUCCCCUCUUGACGGAUAUCCAGGGAUUCAAUAUUAUGCACCUUGCAACUAUCGAUGGGAACUCAUUUCUGCUAGUUCUGCUGCUCCAUCAGGAGAUCCCAGUUGAUAUUGCCGACCCCCAAGGCCAUACAGGUCUCAUGUGGGCGGCCUACAAAGGAUUCCCUGCUUGUGUCGAUGUCUUCCUUCGAUGGGGUGCCGAUGUCAAUGCGACUGACGAAGGAGGGCUUUCACCAUUGCACUGGGCAUUGGUUAAGGGGUCCACUGCUUGCGUACAAAAGAUAAUAGAGUACGGUGCAGACAGAUUUGCUGAAACGAAGGAAGGGAAAACACCAGCGAUUGUUGCAGAUGAGAUGAAGACAACUCAUAUAUGGCAUCAUGCGCUAGGAGAAUGCGGUUAUGAACCUAAUGGUACCAGUUCGGCUGUACCGUCCGUCAUUGGACGAAUGUUGCGGUCAUCGCUAUACAUGUCCAGGUUUUACUUUCUCUUACCCUUUUUUUCAUUGCCUACUAUUGUCACCAUCUUGAGUUCUCUGUCGAUAUAUGUCUCUAUUCUUACGGCCCUUUUAUUUAUGUUUGGUGUUCAUUUGCUUAUUAAAUGGGUUUCGAAGAGAGGUCCAUUGGAUUUUAGAGUACUUCAGAGAACGGUAUGUCUGCUGCACCAUGCUUCCUCUCACAUUGCUGUUAGUUCUAAGAUACUAAAUCUUUUAUUUAGGCGUUUCCGGCUGGGGUUUUUUCAGCAUCUGCAUUCUGGGUUGCUCUACGAUGGUUGCACGUUAUCCUACCUAGUGAGUAUAGAAAACUAA